AGUGAAGAAUGUCAUCUCCGAAGGUAGUAGAGUAUACCUCCCCGAAACUAGAUACUCUACCUUCAGAACUUCGGAGGCUGAUUGUGUCUCAUCUGGCCCCUUCCACGAAGAUCUACGCCAAAGGAUGCAAAAAACACUUGAAGAACGCCAACCUUGCCCACUCUUGCCUGCGAGAAUGGGUGCCAGAAUUUCUCUUCCGCGAUAUGGUUCUGCCACAUGUGCUUGUGGGAAUGUCAUUCCAACUUCAACGCUUUGCAGUUGAUCCAGCCGCUGCCAAACUUCUCAAGCAUGUGAAGACCAUUGGGGUCAAGGUUCCGCCUGCAAUUCGCUGGGAAAUCAAUUCCUCCGAUCCCUUUAAUUAUAUCGAUGACAUUACCAGCCAACGACUCAAACGUAAAUUCAAUAUCUCAGACCCAGCGCUGUUCACCAAAGAGCAACGUCAGUACUGCUCGGAUUAUCACCAAGCAAUGGUCGAACCCUUCACGGACAGCCGCCGCUGGCUGCAACUACUCUCCUAUGCCCGGCACUUGUUCCCACGAAUCUUUGGCUAUUUCCUAAACCUCGAGACCAUUAGUGUUGGGAUUUGCGGGCGUACCGAGCAUCCUGCUUCCACUUACACCAAUCUCUUUGUCACACAGUAUGGUGAAGGUGUGAUUAACGACGUUCACCCACUGUAUGUGGAAGAUCCGAAUGCGAACCUGGCCUGGGCUAGUGCCGUCGUGUUGCAAAGCGCUCCACCCUCUGUCAAAGCUCUCCAUUUAUCAAUGGCAAAUCUCGACAAUCUCAAUUCGUUUGCUACCGUCAACCGACUGCUAAGCAUUUGCUAUAAGAACGCAAAGACCCUAAACAGACGGCCUACAAAGGCUAUCACUAGUCUCACCUUAGAUCUUCGUGGAAUUGAAGGAGUCCAUGGCCAUCGAGACUGGAACGGAGACACAGGAACCGCAGGCAUGGUGCGAUACUGGAAGCAUGCUUUAGGUUCCUUGCCUAGCCUAGCAACACUAGACCUUCGCGCAGACAACUUAGAUCACGACCUCAACUUCUCUGGUCUCGAUGACACCGAUAAUAAAGGCUGUAUCCUUGAAUGGCUCUUCGCGGGGUUGCCUCUCAGCAACCUCAAGACCUUGUCUGUGCGCUAUUUCCUCCUCCAUGAAGAAACGAUUCCUAAGAUAUAUGAUGGAUGGCCAAUUCUCAAGACCCUCCAUCUGGAAGAGGUCCGACUCAUGUCAAUCGAGGAGCCGGAGGGUGAGUCGCGCCCAGAGCAUCUUAGAAUCAUCCAGGGAUUCGCUUGGCUUGAAUUGUGCAGGUGGCUUGAGGGAACCAGGCCAACGAUCGAUAUCGAGCUCAACCGUCCGGUGUCUAACAUCAACAAUUUCAAAGAUUGGGUGUUGCAUAAAAAUGUUAUCGAGAAGUUAUCAUCGCUCCCCAAUGUCAAGAUGUUGAAGACGAGCGGCGACUACAAAGCUUGUGUAUCUCUGCCGCGAGAUAAACUUGAGGAUUCCACGAGACGGGGCGAAGGAGUCAGCUAAGUUGGGUUUGAGUGGCCGAAAGUGGCGCCUCAAAUGAAUGGUUU